GUUUUUCCGAAGUCGGAAGUAAUGGGAGGACUUCCCUCUGACCAGUCAUUCAUUCCUCUUUGGAAACAACCAUAGUAAUACAUCGUUGCCUGUUCAAACAUGUCUACUGCCUACAGAAACAGGAUACAGGAAUUCAAAGUAGCCUUGAGUGACGAAAAAAUAAACUUGAAGACAUUGAGGGAGCUGUGCUUCAGUGGAAUCCCAUUUGAAGGAGGCAUACGAUCACUUUGCUGGAAAGUUCUUCUUAAUUACCUACCUCUUGAUCAGACAAUAUGGGAGUCCUUCCUCAAGAAGCAAAGGGAGGUGUACUCCCAGUUCCUAAAAGAAAUGAUCAUCCAGCCUGGCAUUGCCAAAGCCAACUUAGGCCUUUCCAGAGAAGAUGUUACAAUGGAGGACCAUCCUCUAAAUCCCAACCCAGACAGCAGAUGGAAUACCUACUUCAAAGAUAAUGAAAUUCUUCUGCAGAUUGACAAGGAUGUAAGACGGCUGUACCCAGACAUGGCAUUUUUCCAGCGUCCCACAGAAUACCCCUGCCAGCUCAUCUUGGACCCUCAGAAUGAUUAUGAGACAUUACGUCGACGAGUGGAACAAACCACUCUGAAAGCACAAACUGUUAACCGCAACCGAAGUGGAGUCACCAAUGUCAGUUCUCCUGGAAAGGCUCUGAACCUGUAUCCGUCUAAUGAAUAUGAAGUGCUGCCCAAUGGUAGUGAAGCACACUGGGAGGUGGUUGAGCGGAUCCUCUUCAUCUAUGCCAAACUCAACCCUGGGAUUGCCUACGUGCAGGGCAUGAAUGAGAUUGUUGGACCAAUUUACUACACUUUUGCCACAGAUCCCAACAGCCAGUGGAAAGAGCAUGCUGAAGCAGAUACAUUCUUCUGUUUCACGAAUCUAAUGUCGGAAAACAGAGACAACUUCAUUAAGAGCUUGGACGACUCUCAGUGUGGCAUCACCUACAAGAUGGAGAGUGUGUACUCCAUGCUAAAAGACAAAGACCUAGAGCUCUAUCUCAAAUUGCAAGAACAGAACAUCAAACCUCAGUAUUUCACAUUCCGCUGGCUGACGCUGUUGUUAUCUCAGGAGUUCCUCUUGCCAGAUGUCAUCCGCAUCUGGGACACUCUGUUUUCUGACCAAGAUCGGUUCCACUUCCUCAUCCUGGUCUGCUGUGCAAUGCUAAUACUCAUCCGGCAUAACUUGCUGACAGGAGACUUCACAGUGAAUAUGAGAUUAUUGCAGGAUUACCCCAUCUCAGAUGUCCACACCAUCCUGACCAAGGCCAAAGAACUGCAGGAUAAUUCAUAAAGACUUCCCCCUUUUCCUCCUCCUGUCUGAACUCACAUGUGGUAGGUUAGAAUUCUAAGAUCUUUCAUGUUAAUCAUGUCUUGUGAACUGACAUGAUCUUUGAAGAAGGAAACAAGGAAAGCACAGCAUACUGUUUUUUAACUCCAUGUUGAUGUUUGACCAGUGGGAGCAGUCCUUGAAAUUUGAAGGACAUGCUGAAACUACUGCUUCCUUGAAGUCAGUGGGAAAGAGAUACUACUUGCUUCACAAUGUGUUACAGGAAAAGGCUUUUCACAGCGAUCUCUCCCAUGGAGACAUGUUGUACUCGUAUCAUGUUUACGCUUAAUAUCUGAGGGAGCCAGAGUAAGCCUACACUACAGAUCUUAGUUUGUCAUGAAAAUUUACCAGAAGUAUUUAGGACUGAAUCAAGAAUUUUACAAAUAUCCCUCUGCAAUCACGUAUUUUGUCACAUUAAACAGAUAAUUGUGUUCAGCAAUGGUUCAUGUGUGUUUUUUAAUUUUUUUUUUAAUGGAAGAAACAUGUUUAAUAAUGUUAAUUAAGUGAAAGUAUUUCUGAGUAUAUUUCACUUCUGACAAAAUAAAUAUAAAAUGGUGUCCUGGGCCUGUUCAGUAUUGUGCAAGUAACUCCUGAAAAUCAUCAUCUUGAUAACUUUUGGGAAAUGUAAUUUAAUAACCUUGUAAAGUACAUGAAGGGCAUUGUUUUUCCACAAUGAGCAUUUUAUUCUCUAAUCUGGGUUAACAUGCAUCUCUAGUUGGUUCAUAGUUUUUUUGUUUUUUUUUACGUCAUUGGCAUUGUAAAUCAUUUACUAUGAAUAGCAAGGUGGUAUGUGUUAUUUUCAGAUAAUAUCUCUGACAUAGCAGCAUUGUCCCUGUAAACGAUUCAUGGACUGGCUGCUGUUUUUUUUUUUUUUUUUGUUAUAUAUGUCAUAGUACUUACCAUAUAUUUAUUGUUGAAAUUUUACCACAAUUUUGAGUGGUUGGUUUUGGUAUACAAACAGAUACAACAGAUUUUAUUUUUUUUUUUUCUUUUAAAAUGAUGUUUAAACGGGGGCUGACAAAGUUAAUAAUCAUUAAUAAUCCACCCAAAUUCCUUUUGCAACAUGUGAUUGAUGCAUGUAUGUUCUUUUAUUUAAUUUAGCCUGACAUAUAUUUUGGGAAAUCAGGAAGAGAUGAUUUUGACUAUGGCAACCAACUGAAAUAUGUGGAUAAAUCUUACAGCUUUGGUUUACGCUGAAUUACACCUAUUAAAAAAAAAAUAAAUAAAAAAUCUACUAAACUGCUAAAAAUGUGACAUUUUUCCAGCUGCAUGCACUGCAGUCAUGAACCUAGAUGUUUAGCACCAAAACACUUACAAUUUACACAAAAUUUGUUCAGUUUAAGAGAGACUUCUAAGACCAAAACAAAGUUUGCAUUUGAGAGUAUUUUGUAUCAUGUUUUGGGUGAAUAUUUCUUUGAGGGAAUGUUGCUAAUUACACAGUCUUCUAUUGUGUAUUUAUUUCUAUCCUGAUGGCGCAUCUGUAUGUGUGGUACAUACACUGAUGUGAUCACUAUGCUCUGUGUCUUACGUCAGUUAUAUGCAUGGUUUGUAUUUUGUAAGCACAUUUUGUAAUGUCUCCAGUGUUAAGACUUGUAAGUUUUUACAUGAUUCAAGAUGUGCAUUAAAAUUAAUACUGGGA